AUGUAUCAGUGCAAAAAGUGUAAAACAGAGAUAUUUUUAAAUGAACAUACCAUCUCACAGAAUCCAUUAAGUUUUUCCGAUUGUGUUAAUACAAAUAUAAAAGAGGGACAUCGUGCGGCAUUACCAGUCCUUGAGAUACAAUGUAAGAUGUGUCACAGUGUUGUGGGUAUUGUCCACACAAACCCUAUGCUAUUUUGUGCAGACGAAGAUGCUGUUGUACUCCCAACAGCACUUCCAACUAAUAAUUUUGAAGUAAAAGAUGUGAAAGAAGAACCAAUGGAAUGUGGCUCAAAGUCACAACACACCUCAAAUGUCGUGACUGCAGUCCUUUAUUUCGGAAGUAUUUUCGUUCCAGUCGUCACUGCUCUUCUCGCUGCAAAUUGA